AUGGGCCAAUCUCUGAAGAAAUUAUCAUCUGGAAUUGAUGAAAAGAAGGCUAAAGAACUUGGUCCAAUUAUAGAUCAAUUUUAUGAUAAAAGUAUAAAAAAUAAAGAUUUCCCAGAAUUCUACCGAGGAGUAUGCGAAAUUGUCGAGGAACUUAAUAGAAAGCUUGGAUACACGCAGUUCAAACUCCCCAAAGCGAAGGAACUUGAGAAGGCAUAUAAUGAACAUCACAAAGGAAAAGAGAAGGAAUUAACAAAAACCGAAUUCCAAGACAUCAUGAAAGAGAUGGUUAAGGAAUCAGGAUUCACUGGUGUUGGAGCAAAAGAAGCACUUUUAUACAUCUUUGGUGUUCCUGUGACUGCUCUCUUUAUCAAACAGAGAGUGAUGCCUCAAGCAAUUCCAAAUGAAUUUUUCAUCCCAGGAAUCACUUCUGUCACUGUUUUAAUUCUUGCAGCACUUAACAAAAUAUGA